GUCAAACCAUACGUAUUCCACGUGACCGGUGGGACCCAUGCUUUCUGCAUCUUCCAAAAAGCUCGCAUUAAUACAGCAGUGUAGGUGAAAAUGCUGAGUGCUGACGAAUCUCUGCCGGAGAAAUUUAUCGAACGCUCUCGAGUUUCAGGAUUAGUAUUUGAAGCUUUCAAAAGAAUUUUGGCGGGGAAAAAGAUAUCCACAUCCUAAAAAUGUCUGCAGUUUGAAUUUGAUCUGAAGAAGCCAGAAAUCUGAGAAACUAUAUCAUUUCUUUAAGAUCAAUCAUCAGUCAUGAUGGCCUGGUUUCGGUCUGCUUCCAGUGUAGCAAAGUUGGCCAUUCGGCGAAAUCUAGCUCAGUUUUCGUCCUACUCGACACAGAGAGUUCGCCCAUUUCCUUUGCAGUACCGUCAUUUGCAUUCCACGGUCCUUUGCCAGAAGGCGCAGGCAGCGGCUCCGGUACCUCGUCCCGUGCCCCUCUCGAAACUCACAGAUAACUUCCUUGAUGGCACUAGCAGUGUCUAUCUUGAAGAGCUACAGCGGGCCUGGGAGGUGGACCCCAGCAGUGUUGAUGAGUCCUGGGACAACUUCUUUCGAAACUUUGUUGGGCAGGCUGCAACUUCCCCUGGAGUUUCUGGGCAGACAAUCCAAGAAAGCAUGCGUCUCUUGCUGCUUGUGCGGGCUUACCAAGUCAAUGGGCAUAUGAAAGCAAAGCUUGAUCCAUUAGGAUUAGAGGAACAUGAGAUUCCUGAUGAACUGGACCCAGGUCUCUAUGGAUUCACAGAAGCUGAUCUGGAUCGGGAAUUCUUUAUUGGGGUGUGGCGGAUGUCUGGAUUUCUAUCUGAGAAUCGGCCUGUUCAGACCCUCCGUUCGAUCCUGACACGCCUUGAGCAGGCCUAUUGUGGGACCAUUGGGUAUGAGUACAUGCAUAUUCCAGACCGCGAGAAGUGUAAUUGGUUGAGGGACAAAAUUGAGACUGUGGAGCCCAGGAAGUAUGAUCACGACCGAAGAAAAGUUAUCUUGGAUAGGCUCAUUUGGAGCACGCAGUUUGAAAACUUCUUGGCCACAAAGUGGACCGCCGCAAAGCGGUUCGGUCUCGAAGGCGGGGAGACAUUGAUUCCUGGCAUGAAGGAGAUGUUUGAUCGAGCAGCAGAUCUUGGGGUUGAGAGCAUUGUGAUUGGGAUGUCCCAUAGAGGGAGAUUGAAUGUGCUGGGUAACGUUGUUAGGAAACCGCUGCGACAGAUUUUCAACGAGUUUAGCGGCGGUACGAAGCCUGUUGAUGGGGAGGAUGGGUUGUAUACAGGAACAGGUGACGUCAAAUACCAUUUGGGUACUUCUUAUGAUCGGCCGACCAGAGGGGGCAAGAGAAUCCAUCUUUCUUUAGUUGCAAACCCGAGUCAUUUAGAAGCUGUUGAUCCGGUUGUGGUUGGAAAAGCUCGAGCUAAACAGUACUACUCUAAUGACGUGGGAAGGACAAGAAAUUUGGGUGUUUUGAUUCAUGGGGAUGGAAGCUUUGCGGGUCAGGGUGUGGUAUAUGAGACUUUGCAUCUGAGUGCUCUUCCCAACUAUAUGACAGGGGGAACCAUUCACAUUGUUGUGAACAACCAAGUUGCCUUCACGACUGAUCCAAAGUCUGGGAGAUCUUCUCAGUAUUGUACUGAUGUGUCCAAAGCUUUGAAUGCUCCUAUUUUCCAUGUAAACGGUGAUGAUGUGGAAGCUGUUGUUCAUGUUUGUGAGCUUGCAGCUGAGUGGCGCCAGACGUUCCAUUCUGAUGUGGUUGUUGACAUUGUCUGUUACCGUCGAUUUGGGCACAACGAGAUUGAUGAGCCAUCUUUCACACAACCUAAAAUGUAUCAGGUUAUUCGAAAUCAUCCACGGGCUCUCGACAUUUACCAAAACCAACUUCUAGAAUCAGGGCAGGUCUCAAAAGAAGAUAUUGAGAAGAUACUCAUUAAAGUUAACUCCAUUCUGAAUGAAGAAUUUGUGAACAGCAAAGAUUAUGUUCCGACAAAAAGGGAUUGGCUUGCUAAUUAUUGGUCUGGAUUUAAAUCUCCAGAACAGCUUUCACGUAUUCGGAACACUGGGGUAAAACCGGAUAUACUGAAAAAUGUUGGCAAAGCUAUCAAUGCUCUUCCUGAAAAUUUCAAGCCCCAUAGAGCUGUGAAGAAAAUUUUUGAGCAGCGUGCUCAAAUGAUUGAAACUGGGGAGGGCAUUGACUGGGCAGUUGGUGAAGCACUUGCUUUUGCGACACUGCUAGUGGAAGGUAACCAUGUUAGGUUGAGUGGUCAGGAUGUUGAAAGAGGCACCUUUAGUCAUCGGCAUGCUGUAAUUCAUGACCAGGAAACUGGGGAGAAGUACUGCCCUCUGGACCAUGUUAUGCUGAACCAAAAUGAGGAGAUGUUUACUGUAAGCAACAGCUCUCUUUCAGAAUUUGGUGUCCUUGGAUUUGAGUUGGGUUAUUCCAUGGAAAAUCCGAAUUCAUUGGUUUUGUGGGAAGCUCAGUUUGGAGAUUUUGCAAAUGGUGCCCAAGUGAUAUUUGAUCAGUUUUUGAGCAGUGGAGAGUCGAAGUGGCUUCGCCAAACUGGGCUUGUUGUGUUGCUUCCUCAUGGUUAUGAUGGUCAGGGUCCCGAGCAUUCAAGUGCACGCUUGGAGCGAUUCCUUCAGAUGAGUGAUGACAAUCCAUAUGUUAUACCUGAGAUGGAACCAACACAGCGAAAACAGAUCCAAGAGUGCAAUUGGCAGGUCGUGAACGUCACAACCCCAGCGAAUUACUUCCACAUGCUGCGGCGCCAGAUACACAGAGAAUUCCGUAAACCACUGAUUGUGAUAUCCCCUAAGAAUCUGCUUCGGCACAAGGACUGUAAGUCAAAUCUAUCUGAAUUUGAUGAUGUCAAAGGCCACCCAGGAUUCGACAAGCAAGGGACCCGUUUCAAACGGCUAAUCAAGGAUCAGAAUCUCCACUCUGAUCUCGAGGAGGGUAUCAGACGCCUGGUUCUGUGCUCUGGGAAGAUUUAUUAUGAGCUUGAUGAAGAACGGAAGAAAGUUGAUGGCAGGGACAUUGCUCUCUGCAGAGUCGAACAACUUUGCCCUUUCCCGUAUGAUCUUAUCCAGAGAGAGCUGAAGCGGUAUCCAAAUGCAGAGAUUGUAUGGUGCCAGGAAGAGCCAAUGAACAUGGGAGCAUACAAUUACAUCUUGCCUCGUCUUUGCACUGCCAUGAAGGCACUGGGCAGAGGGACCUGGGAGGAUAUCAAGUAUGUUGGGCGGGCCCCAUCUGCUGCCACGGCCACCGGAUUCUAUCAAGUUCACAUUCAAGAACACAGUGAGCUCAUUCAGAAGGCGAUGCAACGCAAUCCUAUCAAGUUCCCGUAUUGAUACCAUUCAUUAAGGUACAUAAAUCAUUCUAAAUAAUAACGAUGCAGGUUCAUGAAAUCUCCACCGUUGGUGCCCAUGCUACACUGUUUCCAGUCCUUGUUUACUAUUUGGUGUUUGAGCUGUAUUUAGCAGACAUUCCAUGUGCAAACUCCGAGGAGUUGUUAAUAUGAUUCAUGUGCUU